GUUUUUGAGACUCAUAGGAAUAGCAUUUUAGUACUAGCGAGGCAAAGGAAAAAAAUCCCAAUUUCGUUGCUGUACGAAAGGACCAAACCCUUCUGAACACAGUGAAAGCUUAUCGGAAAAGACGACACACAGAGAAAGCUGAUCGGAAGAGCGUUCUAUGAAGAUGACUGUGCCUGAGCAUCCUUCUACUGGUAUCUCUGAGGAUAAAAUCCGACUGCAAGAGUACACACAGAAAGCUUCCUUACCUCUUCCAGUAUAUCAAACUUUCUCUGAAGGAGUGCCACAUGCGCCUCGAUUUAGCUGUCGAGUGUGGGUGGAUGGUACUUGCUUCAUGUCCCCAAAUUCAUUUCCAAAUAAAAAACUAGCCGAACAAGAUGGUGCCAAGCAUGCAUUUAUCGGCAUCCUUGAAAAAGUGAAGAAUGAGGGUCCUCAACGUAUUACCGAGGUUGGUUGGCUGGCUGCAAUCUACGGUUCGAACACACAAUUUUGCAAGUCCAUCCUCAAUGAGUAUGCUGUGAAGAUGAAUAUGACGCAACCUACUUACACAACAAAUGCAACACAGACCAUCAUUCCCAUGUUUGUCUCAACUGUGGAAUUGAACGGUGCUACUUACAUGGGACCUCCGGGAAGAAAUAAGAAAGAGGCCACACAAUUCGCAGCCCGCACGGCUAUUUUAUCGAUUUUAGGCUCUGAAUCCAGCACCAAAAUGUCUGAGAUAGUCAGAUCAAAGUUCGCAUUUUACGACAAGUUGAAGGAUGUCAAAGACUUUCCUGUGGCCCCACAUAACAAUACUAUACCAACUGGAUUAAAACCAAAGCCUACAGAGCAAAACCAAGUUCAUAGUCAAGAAAACUUGAAAAUCCCACUUUCGAACUCGUUGGAACUAGCUGUUCCGAACGUGCUUCCGGAGUCUAUUGUAGUACCUUCCGAUUAUGCCCUCGAAGACCAACCCAUCCACAUGGUCAAAAAGCUUAAGGCCCAAGAAGAUUCAAAUUCGUCACAGUUUGCUCCUCUGAUUGAAUUUUGUCCUGCAGCUUCAUCGGCUCCUGUGCUUCCUUGCGUUGAGUUCGUGCCUCAAACUUCUGACCAAGGUCCCACAUGCGCGAAAAAGAGGAAAGCCAAGAACAAGGAGCAGAAUCAGCCUGUUUGUGGAAUCAAGAUUGUUCAGUCUUUUGUUUACUGUACUAGCUGGUAUUGUCACCAGAUGUCAAGCUUCUUGCUGUGGAGGCGUGAGUCCUAUCUGUGAUUUUCAAAAGUAAACUUGUUUGGGCUUAAACUGGCUAUCUAAACAAUAGACUGUAUGUCUGACCUGUUGGUAUGUGUAUCUGUGUAUAGUUAGUUUAAUGCUUUAUCAUCAACUGGAUAUCUUUCGUUUAUUAUUAUUAUUAUUAUUAUU